AUGGCUCCAGUCGCACGAGGUGCGGCGUGCCCCCCCACCCAGGUUGAAAGCGGCCUUCGGUUCUCAAGACAGUGGCAACAGGAAGUUUUCCUGGCUCUGCAGAGCUUCCGACUCCUUCCCUCGGCAUAUGGGGAUGGCUCCCUGUGCAUGCGCGCAGUCGGCAAGGCAGAGCUUUGGCAGGUGGCUGAGUCGUUGCUGUCGCAGCUUCGCACCCUUCUGCGUCUGGGCAUGGUGGCUUACAAUAGUGUCGCGAGCACGACCUCGAAGGCGGGACUGUGGCUUCGGGCCGGACAGCACUUGGACACCAGCCGUCAGCGGAGCCCGCAAGGAUCUCCGGAUGUCGUGGCUGGAAAUGUGGGCAUCGGUGCUUUUGGCGAACGCUGGCAAGCAGCUGCCCGGACGUUUGCGGAGCUCUGGAGCUGGAGCCUGGCAGACCGGGUGUCUUUCAACACCCUUCUCCGCUCUUGCGGAGGCUCCUGGAGCUGGGCCUGGGCUGUGCGACUCUUGGAGCAAUGCCGAGCCGUCCGAUCACGGGACGUCGUCUCCUACAGCUCUGCCCUCCAUGCCUGCAGCGCACGCAGUGCCGGCAAGGAUUGGAGGAUGGGAAUCAUGCUACUGCGAGACUUGGAGCUGGAGCUUUUGCAGCCCGACGUUGUCCUCUGGUCGGCAGCGGUCAACUCGCAAGCACGUUCGGCGUCCUGGUCAAUGGCAUUGCUUUUGUUGGAGAGGUUGCCAGCUCACAGCGCCCGGCCCAACAUUCAGACUUUCGGCGCAGCCAUGGCUGCUUUCGACACGGGUGAUUGCUGGAGUUGGGCUCUCUCGCUGAUGGAGGAUCUGCAGGAAAUGCGGCUUGACCCCAACACCUUGAUCUACAAUGCUGCAAUAACUGCAUGUGAGAAAGGCCAAGAAUGGCAGAUGUCCUUGGCUCUGUACUCUACGUUGGCUGACGGAGAUCUCAAGCCCGAUUUGAUCACUUGCAACGCUGUUCUCAGCGCCGUAGCUCAAGGCAACUGGCAGCUGGCACUGGCCCUCUUCUCAGAGCUUGGCCAAGAGCGGAAAUUGGACGUCUUCAGCUUCGGGGCUGCUCUGUCUGCAUGUGACCGGGCCUGCUUGUGGGAGCAUUCGUUAUCAAUACUCGCCGAGCUGCCGACAAGGAAGUUGCGCGCCAAUACCGUGAUCUGCAACACAGCCAUCGGUACUUGUGCAAAGGCAGGUCGUUGGCAAGUUGCUCUGCAGCUGCUCGCAGACACGUUUGCCGGCACGCUGGACGUGAUAUCGUUCAAUUCUGCCAUGGCUGCAAGCGCGAGGGCGGAGGAGUGGCGCCCGGCUCUGCAGCUGAUCUCUGAGCUCCCAGCACGCCGGUUGCAGGCAACCUUGACUAGCUGCAACUCUGCCAUCAUGGCCUGUGUCGGAAGCUGGAGAUGGGCACUGGGAGUCCUCAGCUCUGUGCCUUCAGCCCUGGGCCGUGGGAGGGGUGCGGACAGGGUGUCCUUCGAUGCGGCUCUCCGGGCAUGCGAGGGCAGAGCUGGCAGAUGGAAAGAGGCCCUUGGACUGCUGAGUGACUUCCGGGCGGCGAGCCUUCGGCCAGAGGUGAUCACCUUCAGCACCGGGAUUAGCGCCAGCCAAGCUGCCAGCCAGUGGCAGGAGGUGUUCAAACUCUUGACAGCUCUGCGGGCAGAAGAGCUUCGCCCGAGCAUUGUGACAGCAGCUGCUGCUGUGCUCGCUGCAACAUUUGGCCAAGAUGGACUUGAGGUGAGACGGUGGCUGCAUCAUCUGCAGCAUCGUGGAAUUUCUAGUCUGGCUGGAAUCCGAAGUUGUUAA